AUGGCACCGAAGCGAUCUUUCGCUUACGGCCAAGGCGGCGGCGGCGGCGGCGGAAGCGGCGGCGUGACCGCACCUAUACUCGACACACUCGACACGCUUCCCUCGCGGCCGCUGCGGUUCGUGCUCCUGCUGCUCCUCGCGAAUUUCGCCGGCCAUUACUUUCCGCUCCUUUGGUCCGAUACCGACCGCGGCGCCCUCCUUGCGGGGGGAUGGGGCGCGCGGGGGUUUUCCGCCAAAGGCGCAGCUUCGGGGGAAGGCGCGGGGGGGAAUCUGGUUGAAGUGAGGGGGCGGGGGAAUCGCACCGCGUUACAAGUAGGAUCUGCCAGCUCGGAUGCGAUUCGUGGCAGCGGUGCGAGCAGGUUGCAGGGCGUGGGGAGGGCGGGCGGGGGCAUUCAGGAGGAUGAAGGGCUGGGAGCGACGGAAUGGGAACGGAGAGGGGCGCGGAGUGUCGAGGGGGGAGGGGUGGAUCGGGGGAGCGCGGGCGCGGGCGCGGGCGGGGGCGCGGGGGAGGGGGAGGGGGAGGGGGAGGGUGCGGUGGGGUUGACGCCGUACGUGCGGCACAUGGAGAUCUCGGUGGUGUCAGAGGCUGUGUGCCGUGGCAUCAUUGCACCCUCACUCUACUUUGUUGACAACCUGCAGCCCAUAACAGCGGUGGCGGAUCUGAGGGGGGGCCAGCGGCGGGUGCUGCUGUUCAUGCCGCGGCACGGGCUGGGCAACAGCCUGCGCGGCUACGUCUCCGCCUUCGUCUAUGCCCGCCUCGCCGGCCGCCGCCUCGUGCGCCUGCACGCUGCCGAGCAUGCCAAGGUGUAUGACACGCUGUGUGCGGCGUUCACGUGUGGCUUCGACGCCAUCCGGUGGUCCAACGAGUCGGGCCCAUGGGGCGGCACCAUGGGUGUGUACCGCCAGCUGGAGCUGCUGCAGCCCGUGCAGCUGCAGUCCGCCUUCAAGACGUCCGGCAAGAUCAAGGGCAGUCUGGGCUUCACAGGCCCCAUCAUGCUGAGCAAGUCACCGUCACACUUUGACGGCUUCUGGCAGCUGUACCCGCGCGUGCAGGCCUGUGUCUUCUCCGCCUUCCGCUGCUCCUCCCUCUGGUGUGUGCACUCCCGCGCCAUCCACGAGCUCAUUCUCGGCCCCUCGCGCCUGCUGCAGGAGGUCGUGGGGCAGGUGCUGCUGCAGCACAUGGGGGAGGGGACACCCCCCGUGCCGUCUCAGAAGGGAGUGGCGGAUGGGGACAUGUUUGACGUUGCUUUGCACAUCCGCACGCGGCCUGCUGCGAUUGAGCAGAUUCGGGGGCGCGGGGACGAGGAGUUGAGUCGAGUGGGGUGUGAGGAUGCGGAGGAGGACGAGGAGGAGGCGGGUGCGGGGAGCAAGGGGAAGAAGGGCAAGACGCACGAGUUUCUCAAGGGGUGUCUGUGGGACUGCAUUGCGUCUUUGCUAGAGAAGCUUCAACAGGAUAAGGCAGCACGGAGCAUGGCAAGAGAUGCAGCAGGUGGGGGAACCAGAGGCGGCAGCAGCAGCAGCAGCAACAGCAGAGACAGAGGCAGCAGCAGCAGCAGCAGCAGCAGCAGUGGACCUCUCAUGAUCCUCCUGACAACAGACAACGAGGCUCUCCGGCCUGAGUUUGUGCGGCGACUAGCACGACUAGGGUCGGUGUUCUACUCGACAGGGUCCAUCGUGCAUCUGUCCAAGACUGCAAGCACGGACAUGGAGAGGCAACGCAUGCCCACCAUGGCAGAGUUUUUCCUCAUGGCCAAGGCUCACACGCUCAUUGAAGCCGGCUCCUAUAUGAGCACCUUUGCGUACUUUGCUGGGCUGCUUGGGAACGCCACGCUAGCUAGUAUUGACUGGGAGGGAGGGGCACGGAGAGGGAGAGCAGGAGGGGCGGUGUGUGGGCUGAAGGUGUUUCAUGAGGGUGAAGCGGUGGAUGAGUAUGUAGGGGGAGGGUGGGCGGGGCAGCAGGGAGGGGCUGGAGCCUGGGAAAGGUGA